AUGCACCACGCCGGGCCGACCCCGUUUCAGAAAUGGGCCGCCUCUGCCUCCGACUCGCAGUUCAACGCCGUGGCCGGUGCCGUGGGCGGAUUCGCCUCCGGAGUCAUCACUUGUCCUCUUGACGUCAUCAAGACGAAGCUUCAGGCGCAGGGUAUGUAUAGAGUGCUGCAAGAUGGGCGGCACGUCGGACAACCGAGGAUGUAUAAUGGUCUGAGUGGCACAGCCAAUGUGAUUUGGAGGGAGGAGGGUAUUCGGGGCAUGUAUCGUGGCCUGGGUCCCAUUGUCAUGGGAUACUUGCCUACCUGGGCAGUUUGGUUUACCGUCUAUAACAAGAGCAAAGUCUGGAUGGCCCAGUACUCUGAUAGUACACAUCUGAUCAACUUCUGGUCUUCCAUCAUUGCUGGCGCCAGUAGCACCAUUGUCACCAAUCCGAUAUGGGUUAUUAAAACACGGCUCAUGUCACAGAGCCACUCUCCUGCCCGAGACCAUGCACAUUAUAUGUUUCCGAAGCCUGGCAACACCCCGACUGCCAGACCGACGCUGAACCACCCCUGGCACUAUCGAUCUACGCUUGACGCUGCUCGCAAAAUGUACACGUCCGAGGGGCUAGUAUCGUUCUACUCCGGCCUCACGCCUGCACUCCUCGGAUUGACCCACGUGGCCGUUCAGUUUCCUACGUAUGAAUAUCUCAAGACCCAGUUCACAGGCCAGGGGAUGGGUGAGGGUGCAGGAGAAGCACACUGGUUCGGCAUUCUCUCAGCAUCGGUGCUCUCCAAGAUCCUGGCCAGCAGCGCCACUUAUCCGCAUGAAGUUAUCCGAACUCGACUGCAAACCCAACGGCGGCCAGUAGCCGGUGAACAGUUUCUGCAAGGGCUGGGCAUCGCCGCACCGGACCCGGCCAAGGACCCCACAGUCGACGGCCGCAAAUACCGCGGCAUUGUCACGACGUUUCGAACGAUCCUUCGGGAGGAGGGUUGGAGGGCGUUCUACGCCGGCUUGGGGACCAACAUGAUGCGUGCUGUGCCCGCGGCCACCGUCACAAUGUUGACAUACGAAUACGUCAUGAGAUUCCUCCACCGAGCAAAGGAAGAGGGCAGGGCCAAGAUGCACAUGCACAAAAGCCAACCAUGA